AUGAUGUUGCAGAAGAAUGAGAUGGCAGAACACAGCAAAGAAGAUCACAGCGACACUACCGACCAUGAAGCUUUAGACCACAAGCCCGCCUGCCCCGAUGAAGAAGUCGACGUCUUUGGUGGUGAGGGUGGAGCGAACUUUCGUACCAUGGGCCGCUUCGAUACCGUCUUUGCCCUCCUCACCAACCAGUUUGGCCUCGGAGCACUUGCUCUCCCUUAUGUUUUCAAGACACUUGGUCUUAUUCCCGGCCUCAUCACUCUCAUCGGCGGAGCCGCCAUCACUUACUUCAGUGGUGUUGAGAUCUUCUGGUACUACUUGGCUCAUCCCAAAGUCACCAAUAUCGCUGAAAUGAUGAAGAUCAUCGGAGGUCGUCCAGCAGAAAUCUUUACUGGCAUUGGCCUACUACUGCAGCUCAUCAUGACUGCCAGCUCUGCGGUUGUUACUAUCUCUAUUGCUUUUAACGCUAUUACCGAGAACGCUGUUUGUACUGUCGGCUUCAUCGCUAUUGCUUGUAUUCUCUGCUUUCUGCUCUGCAUUCCCCGGACUGCUAAAUUCCUAGCCCAGUCUGGUCUCCCUUGCAUCCUCAGUAUCCUUGCCGCGGCUCUUGCUACCAUGAUCGGCCUCGGUAUAAACAGCCCUCCUGGAGCCAUGGAAGGCUGGAAACCUGAGAUUGAGCUCUUUGGGACUCCCACCCUCCGCGAAGUCUUCAACAGCGUUCUAAAGAUUCUCUUUGCCUUGGCUGGUAACUACGCCUUUGUUACUUAUAUGGCUGAGAUGAAGAACCCAGAGAAGGACUUUAUUUACUCCCUUAGAUGGUUGAUGGGUGCAUCUGUUGUUUUCUAUGGAUUCAUCGCCAUCACUGUCUACUGCCUCGCUGCCGAGUUUACCGCCUCGCCUUGUCUCAGCUCCGCCCCUCUUCUUGCUGCCAAGGUAGCUUACGGGCUCGUCCUCCCGGCUAUCUUGACUGACGGUCUCGCUUGUGGUCAUAUCGGCACCAAGUAUGUCUUUGUUACUAUCAUGCGUCAGAUCAAUGCUGUCAAGGAAGUGACAUCAAACACUCCCAAGUCAUGGGGUGUCUGGAUAGGUAGCAAUACUGCCUUCUGGAUUAUCGUCUUUAUUCUCUCCAACGCUAUUCCUGUCUUCGACUCUAUCCUCGCCGUCAGUUCGGCUACCACUUAUGCCUGGUUUACAUAUGGUAUCAGCGCGUUCCUCUGGCUGCACCUCUACAAGGGACGCUACUUUGAGGACUGGAGGAGUAUUAUGCUGUUCACUGCCAAUAUUGCCUUUCUUGUUUUCUCGUUGUUUUUAAAUGGUGGAGGGCUUUGGUCUUCCAUCACUGAACUUUUAGAUAUUUUUGCUACUUCCUCCAAUAUUCGGGGAUGUUUUAGCUGCGGCGACAAUUCUUUUAUAUAG